UCCAAAACCAUGACGCGCGAGGUGGUGACCAUCAGUCUCGCCAACUACGAGGAGAGGCAGCAGGAGAUUGCGCAGCAGCUGUAUCGAGCGGCCAAAGACGUGGGGUUCUUCUACAUCAGCGACCACGGCAUCCCCCAGGAGGAGGUCGACCACGCGUUCGCCACGGGCAAGAGCUUCCUGGAGCUGGACAAGGAGACCAAGGCGCACUACCCCUUCAACCCAGACACCUACCUGGGCUGGCGCGGCCCCGAUGAGCUGGAGACGGUGACAGGUGGGCGGGCCCCACCACGGCGCCGCCCCUGCGCCGCAGGCGACGACUUCCGCAACACGGCGCUGGCCUUCCAGGCAAAGACCCACGACGUGGCGGUCAAGAUCCUGAAGGCCCUGUUCCUGGGCCUGGGCUGGGACCCCGCACGCAUCGACGACGUGAGCACACGCACGGAGCGGGCAGCCCAGAACACCAGCAGCCUGGGCAGCCUCAGCCUGCGCGGGCACGCCGCAGUGCCGCCGCGCCUGCACGCGCACGCCGACAUGGAUGUGCUGACCAUCCUGUUCCAGCGGGACGACGCCGUGGGCCUGGAAAUUGCCCCCGGCAACGAGGAUGUGGGCAACAUCUGGAACCACGUGCCCGUGGCGCGCGAGUGGACGCCGCUGGACCCAAAGCCCGGCCACCUGACGGUCAACAUUGGCGACGGGCUGACCCGCUGGACCGACGGGGUGUUCAAGUCCACGUAUCACCGUGUGCGUGCCCCCAAGGCGGGAGACCCCACGGGGGCACGUUAUUCCAUUCCUUACUUCGUCAACCCCAAGCUCAACUACUCCAUCCAGGGGCCAAACAAGCGCUGGGGGCCGGUCACAGGCUUCGACCUGCUCAGCAAGACGGGUGAGAGAAGUUGGGCCGGGGGGGCAGGGAGUUGA